AUGAGCUCAGGACUUCCAGACACUCUCCUUCGGGACACUGGCGACGAUGGCAAUAUUCGGCGACGACUUUUCCACCACCUGGACAACGAGUCUCUGCGGAGAUUGCGACAGACUUCCGUAACAUUGAACACCGCUGUCCUUCCUCUAGUCGCACAUCGCAUCUUUCGCAAUCUCUACAGCUAUGCACCGCUCCGCGAGAAUGAUUCUGUUGCAACGUUGGAAGAGGCUUCACAACAUUGCCAACAUCUCACACUCAAUGUCUCCCUGCCCCCAGUGCCCAAGCUCCACGAGCGACAAUCCGCAUUGGCCAGACAAUCUAUUGUCAGCACGGCCACCGUAGCUAGCACUGCUACUAAACGGCCUCGUGUCGGUAGAAAGAUCAAAGAGCUCUGGGACAAGGGAGUCAAGCGCGCUAAAGAAGUCACAAACCUCAGAGGUCUUGUACUCUCCGAAGCCGUCGAAGGUCCAAAUGCGGACAUUGUCCGCAUGGACCGUCGUCUCUGGGAAUACAUAUUCAAACUAUUCCCCUCCCUUGUCACACUCACCUUCCGCAUUCACGGCAAUCCUGCCUGGCCUGGUCUUACCGAGCUCGAAGAGAUGCUCAUCAUGCUCCGCUACUGUCUUGAACGCUCCAGUCCCCCGAAACUCCGCCACAUCAACUUCACACCCAUCCACGCCUUCGGAAUCAUCCACCUCCGCUGGGCAGGUUUCGGUGCUUACUUCGAAGUCCCUACAGCCGGAAUGAAAUUAUGGGAAAACAUCACCUCUCUCACCCUUCACCUCCAAAACCCUCUAACGGCGAACCUGGCGCCAAGCACAGAUCGUCCAGCCUCAGGAGUCCCACCCAUCAACACAAACCAGAACGACCUCUUCCUCAAAUCCUUGAACGCCUACCUGAGAUCUUUCUCCCGUACCCUUCGGAAGUUGGAAUUCAUCUGGCUCCAUCUCCCCGGUCCGUCGCCCAUCCAGCUCAUUCCUAGCGAUGUCUACGAAUGGAUCUUGUUGGAAGAAUUCCGGUUCGGCAACAUUCGCAUGCCAAAUCGGACCGUCCAAUUGAUACCGGAGUUCAUGCCGCGAGUGGAGAAGUGUAUGGCUCUGAAAGAGGGCCAUCGGAGUCGACCCGAAGCGGAGGAUGCCUGGGUUGAAGUUCCCAUGAGGCGGAUGAAGAGGGGAAGUAUGAGGAUGGAUCAUCCUGCUUUUAGGGGUAGUCGAGUCUUCACUGGUGAAGGAGCAGAGGAUGUCCCACGACAGAGUGUGGUUUCUGGGCCGGUGGAGAGAAUGCCGCGGGUUGUGGAGCAGGCUACUGGACCGAGAGGACAGUCGGCACAUCUUCGCUUUUCGCACAUUCGACGGGAAUUGAAUUUUGUGGAUACAGACUCGCAAGUUGGAGACAUCCGUGGUUCAGUCCAUAGCGAUUGGACGGAGAUGCCGUGA